AUGGCGUCAGCAACUAGUGACGGUCAAACGUUCUACUCCACGAUCCAGCUGCCUGAAUCACAGCAGCCAGUCAAGGAGCCCAAGCUUGAAGACUGCGCUCACAAAACAGGCAAAUUUACUAACACCAAACGUAUCAUCGUCUGUUGUGACGGAACAUGGAAUAAUUCAAACAAGAAGGGUGGCAUUCCUACUAAUGUGGCCCGCCUGUCGUCCGGCAUUGCCCAUAAGUGCUGCACGGGUAUGCCGCAGGUUGUCUACUACCACCGAGGAGCUGGCACCGAGGAAUCAAAAGUUGCCCAAACUCUCGGCGGAGUUUUCGGAAAGGGCAUCGUUCAGGAUAUUGCUGAUGUUUACCGGUUCGUUUGCGAUAACUACAACCCAGGAGAUGAGAUUUUCAUCGUCGGAUUCUCCCGCGGAGCUUUCACCGCGCGAUCAGUGUCCGGAUUGAUCUGCAAUCUCGGGCUUUUGAAUCGCGUCGGCCUGUCACAAUUCGGGGCAAUUUUCCACGAUUACCAGACUUUCCCCAACUGGCAUGGAAGCUUUGACAAAGAAGACCACUUGGUAGGCUUUACACUUACCAACUACGAGCGCCUUGAGAAACGCGAAGCAUCGAGGGACGAAAGGAUCGACGAACGUGAUAGCGCUGCCCUACAAGUUGCGUUGGACAAGGAGAAACAGGAGUUUUUCAAGAAAAUGACCGACUGUCGCAAGAACUCGAAGGGUUACGGACAAAUGGACCUUCGCAAGAUGGCUAGAAAUUACAGAGACCAGCUUGAAAAGCACGGAAUGGUUCUUACCGAGAGGCAGAGGCAAUGUCGAGGGGGAGAUUGGGGCGAAUUCUGGGUCCCCACGAACGUCAAGGUCAGAGCGGUUGCCGUAUGGGAUACUGUUGGAAGUCUAGGCUGGCCCAAAAUGCCCUGGGAAAAGGUCAACUUUGGCCGCAGCGUCGAGGAGCUUCGCUUUACAAGUCUCGAUGUCAACCCCAACGUUGAUUAUGCCUUCCAUGCCCUCGCACUUGACGAAUGGCGCACGGCAUUCAAACCAACAUUGUGGGGUAAGGACAACAAUGAACAUACGCAGCUUCGACAAGUCUGGUUUCCCGGCAGCCACAGCGACGUUGGUGGAGGUUUUGAGGACCAACAGAUUGCCAAUAUUGCACUUGCCUGGAUGGCGGAUCAGCUUACCUCUGUCGGUGUCGAGUUCAACACGUCUGAGAUGAAGCGGCUCUUCUACACCCUCACUCCUGGUGUCAAGGCACGCAGAUGGGGAAUGGGCAGAAUUAACAACCCUGGAAAAGCCACGUCGAUCCCUGAUCAGACAUACAACGCGAUUUGGUAUCCGUGGCAAAAGUUGAAGGGUGAAAACACCGUCUUGGGCACCCGAACUCCGGGCUUAUACAGGACCGACGAUGGGAAAAGUAGACUCGUGAGCCCUAACCAGCUUGUACAUCCCUCCGUACGCAUCCGUUACCUCUACGAUGGCGCUGGUCUCGAUGACGCUGGCGAAUGGGAAUGCGCAGCCUUGACGAAGAACGGAUUCAAACUCAAGAAAAGCACUGCGCCGCCCAAGGUUGAUGAUCCAUACCCCAAGACACCCAUUGCUUCAACUUACGAAACCCUCGCCGGUACCGUCUCAUCCGUCCACGGCGGCCAUACAAUGGACCUUGAGUCCCACAAGGGCCACACACUUGUUGUACACCAAGUGCCGUUUGAGGCUGACCUCUGUCUUCUGGAACAAGCCGAGAAUCACUGGAUCUGGACCCGAGACUCAGAUGACAGAAAGGAGGGCUCGCGAACUUUACAUGAGGAGCGCAUAGGAAUGUGGGAGCGUCUCUUCAUCGACAUCAAUCAUAAGAUGUUCUUGCGCCAAGAGAGUGAAGAGAGAAAGAGGGCCGAGAUCAAAGCUGAGAAGCCCAAGGAGAAGCAGUCUUGGAGACAGUGGUUCACGGAAAAGGCCAAUCAAGCCAAGGGUGCUGCUGGACAUGCGCUCAACAACACUGUCGUCGGAAGAAUCCUUGGGCCAUCAGCCAAGCUCAAGCCCUUGGGCUAUCCUCGGUAUUUCGGAUACCACGAUUUGAUUUCUUGGCAGCGGGGUGAUGUCAGACAGACGCGGCAGAGAAACCCUUGGCCGGAGAGUAACAAGAUUGAGGCAUAG